CAGGCUCUGAAAGUGUUCCAGCUGAAAUUUCAGAUUGGACAGACUUGCUGCGGCUCCGGAGGCAGUGAUUCCAAGCUGCUCGUGCGCGCUGCUGCCAAGCUGCAGGAUGGUGCACGUAGCCAGGCUGCUGCUGCUGCUCCUCACUUUCUUCCUCCGCACGGAUGCUGAGACACCUCCAAGGUUUACACGAACACCCGUUGAUCAGACAGGGGUCUCUGGUGGAGUUGCCUCUUUCAUCUGCCAAGCUACAGGAGACCCAAGACCUAAAAUUGUCUGGAACAAAAAAGGAAAGAAAGUCAGCAAUCAGAGAUUUGAGGUAAUAGAGUUUGACGAUGGGUCUGGAUCAGUUCUCAGAAUACAACCCUUACGGACUCCGAGGGAUGAGGCCAUUUAUGAGUGUGUGGCCUCAAAUAAUGUGGGAGAAAUAAGUGUAUCCACCAGACUCACAGUUUUACGGGAAGAUCAAAUUCCCAGGGGCUUCCCUACCAUUGACAUGGGCCCACAGUUGAAGGUGGUUGAGCGUACUCGCACGGCCACCAUGCUUUGUGCAGCCAGUGGUAAUCCGGAUCCAGAAAUCACUUGGUUUAAAGAUUUCUUACCCGUGGACACAAGCAACAACAAUGGUCGUAUUAAGCAGUUACGAUCAGAAUCUAUUGGUGGUACACCAAUAAGAGGAGCUCUUCAGAUUGAGCAGAGUGAAGAGUCUGACCAAGGAAAAUAUGAGUGUGUUGCCACCAACAGCGCGGGCACUCGCUAUUCCGCUCCUGCCAAUUUAUAUGUCAGAGAGCUGCGAGAAGUUCGCCGUGUCCCACCAAGAUUCUCUAUCCCACCCACUAAUCAUGAAAUCAUGCCAGGUGGAAGCGUUAAUAUCACCUGUGUGGCCGUGGGGUCACCAAUGCCUUAUGUAAAGUGGAUGUUGGGGGCAGAAGAUCUGACACCUGAAGAUGAUAUGCCAAUAGGAAGAAAUGUGCUAGAACUGAAUGAUGUAAGACAGUCAGCAAAUUACACCUGUGUUGCUAUGUCGACACUGGGUGUCAUUGAAGCAAUAGCACAGAUCACUGUCAAAGCCUUACCCAAACCUCCAGGAACUCCUGUAGUGACUGAGAGCACAGCUACAAGCAUCACACUGACGUGGGACUCUGGGAACCCUGAGCCUGUUUCUUAUUACAUAAUUCAGCAUAAACCUAAAAACUCUGAGGAACCUUACAAAGAAAUUGAUGGGGUGGCGACCACACGCUACAGUGUCGCUGGACUAAGUCCCUACUCGGAUUAUGAAUUCAGGGUUGUUGCUGUCAAUAACAUUGGGCGGGGGCCUCCCAGUGAACCUGUGCUGACACAGACUUCAGAGCAAGCGCCAUCCAGUGCCCCAAGGGAUGUCCAGGCACGAAUGUUGAGUUCUACCACCAUUUUGGUACAGUGGAAGGAACCUGAAGAGCCGAAUGGACAGAUCCAAGGAUAUAGAGUUUAUUAUACAAUGGAUCCCACUCAACAUGUCAACAACUGGAUGAAACACAAUGUAGCUGACAGCCAAAUCACUACUAUUGGCAACUUAGUGCCCCAGAAAACAUAUUCUGUCAAAGUCCUGGCUUUUACCUCAAUUGGAGAUGGUCCACUUUCAGGUGACAUACAAGUCAUCACUCAGACAGGAGUACCAGGGCAGCCACUAAACUUCAAAGCAGAACCUGAGUCUGAAACAAGUAUUCUGCUCUCUUGGACACCUCCACGCUCAGAUACCAUUGCCAACUAUGAGCUGGUCUACAAAGAUGGGGAGCAUGGAGAGGAGCAACGAAUUACCAUUGAGCCAGGGACAUCAUAUAGGCUGCAAGGACUGAAACCAAACAGCUUAUACUAUUUCCGUCUGGCUGCACGCUCCCCUCAAGGCCUGGGUGCUUCUACUGCAGAAAUAUCAGCUAGAACCAUGCAGUCAAAGCCGUCAGCUCCUCCUCAAGACAUUAGUUGUACCAGCCCAAGUUCCACUAGUAUUUUGGUAAGUUGGCAACCUCCACCAGUGGAAAAACAGAAUGGCAUUAUCACUGAAUACUCCAUCAAGUAUACUGCAGUGGAUGGGGAAGAUGACAAGCCUCACGAGAUUUUGGGAAUUCCUUCGGACACUACCAAAUACCUUUUGGAACAACUGGAAAAAUGGACUGAAUACCGGAUCACUGUGACGGCCCAUACAGAUGUCGGCCCUGGCCCUGAGAGCUUGUCCGUGUUGAUUCGAACCGAUGAAGAUGUUCCUAGUGGUCCUCCUCGCAAAGUCGAGGUGGAGGCUGUCAACUCAACAUCUGUUAAAGUCUCAUGGCGCUCACCUGUGCCCAAUAAACAGCAUGGCCAGAUAAGAGGAUACCAGGUACAUUAUGUGAGGAUGGAAAAUGGUGAGCCCAAGGGCCAGCCCAUGCUGAAAGAUGUCAUGCUGGCUGAUGCACAGUGGGAAUUUGAUGAUACUACUGAACAUGACAUGAUCAUUUCUGGGCUCCAGCCUGAAACUUCCUACUCCCUUACGGUCACAGCCUACACAACCAAAGGAGAUGGUGCUCGCAGCAAGCCCAAACUGGUGUCCACCACUGGAGCAGUUCCAGGGAAACCUCGGCUUGUGAUUAACCACACUCAGAUGAAUACUGCUCUCAUUCAGUGGCACCCUCCUGUGGACACAUUCGGACCUCUUCAGGGCUACCGUCUAAAAUUUGGCCGCAAGGAUAUGGAGCCACUUACUACUCUCGAGUUCUCUGAAAAAGAAGAUCACUUUACAGCUACAGACAUCCACAAAGGAGCAUCAUAUGUCUUUAGGCUCUCAGCCAGAAACAAAGUGGGCUUUGGGGAGGAGAUGGUGAAGGAAAUUUCCAUUCCAGAAGAAGUACCAACUGGAUUCCCUCAAAACCUUCACUCAGAAAGCACUACUUCAACCUCCGUCCAGUUGUCUUGGCAACCACCUGUCCUGGCAGAGAGAAAUGGCAUUAUCACCAAAUAUACCCUUCUUUAUAGGGACAUCAACAUCCCCCUUCUUCCAAUGGAGCAGCUUAUUGUUCCAGCUGACACCACUAUGACACUCACUGGCUUAAAACCAGAUACCACAUACGAUGUAAAAGUACGUGCUCAUACGAGCAAAGGGCCCGGGCCGUAUAGUCCCAGUGUCCAGUUCAGGACACUGCCUGUGGAUCAAGUGUUUGCAAAAAAUUUUCAUGUCAAAGCAGUAAUGAAGACUUCCGUGUUGCUGUCUUGGGAGAUUCCAGAGAAUUAUAACUCUGCCAUGCCUUUCAAAAUUCUUUAUGAUGAUGGGAAAAUGGUAGAAGAAGUAGAUGGCCGAGCCACACAGAAGUUAAUUGUCAACCUGAAGCCUGAGAAGUCAUAUUCAUUCGUGCUGACAAAUCGUGGAAACAGUGCUGGUGGGCUGCAGCACAGGGUCACAGCAAAGACUGCACCAGAUGUAUUACGUACCAAGCCUGCCUUCAUUGGGAAGACCAACUUGGAUGGCAUGAUUACUGUGCAACUGCCUGAAGUACCUGCAAAUGAGAAUAUAAAAGGUUACUACAUAAUAAUCGUGCCUUUGAAGAAAUCUCGCGGGAAAUUUAUCAAGCCAUGGGAGAGUCCAGAUGAAAUGGAAUUAGAUGAGCUGCUUAAGGAGAUAUCUAGGAAGCGCAGAAGCAUCCGUUAUGGGAGAGAAGUUGAAUUAAAGCCAUAUAUUGCCGCUCACUUUGAUGUCCUUCCCCCUGAGUUCACCCUGGGGGAUGACAAGCAUUAUGGUGGAUUUACAAACAAGCAACUCCAAAGUGGUCAAGAAUAUGUCUUCUUUGUGUUAGCAGUAAUGGAACAUGCAGAGUCUAAGAUGUAUGCAACCAGCCCUUACUCCGACCCCGUGGUGUCAAUGGAUCUGGAUCCACAGCCAAUCACGGAUGAAGAAGAAGGCUUGAUCUGGGUUGUAGGCCCUGUCCUUGCAGUGGUCUUUAUCAUCUGCAUUGUCAUUGCUAUUCUUCUUUAUAAAAGGAAGAGGGCAGAGUCCGACUCUAGAAAAAGCAGCAUACCGAACAGUAAGGAGAUCCCUUCACACCACCCAACAGACCCCGUAGAACUGAGGCGCCUUAACUUUCAAACACCAGGUAUGGCUAGCCAUCCUCCAAUACCCAUCUUGGAACUUGCAGACCACAUUGAAAGAUUAAAAGCAAAUGACAACUUGAAGUUUUCCCAGGAAUAUGAGUCAAUUGACCCUGGCCAGCAGUUCACAUGGGAACAUUCAAACUUGGAAGUAAACAAACCAAAGAAUAGAUAUGCGAAUGUAAUCGCAUAUGAUCAUUCCCGGGUUCUCCUAUCAGCUAUAGAAGGGAUCCCAGGAAGUGACUAUGUGAAUGCCAACUACAUAGAUGGCUAUAGGAAACAAAAUGCCUAUAUUGCAACACAGGGAUCUCUCCCCGAAACAUUUGGGGACUUUUGGAGAAUGAUAUGGGAACAACGGAGUGCCACAGUUGUCAUGAUGACAAAACUAGAAGAAAGAUCAAGGGUGAAGUGUGACCAGUAUUGGCCUAGCAGAGGCACAGAAACCCACGGACUGGUUCAAGUAACGCUGCUUGAUACUGUGGAGCUGGCCACAUAUUGUGUUCGAACAUUUGCACUUUACAAGAAUGGUUCAAGUGAGAAGAGAGAAGUGAGACAAUUCCAGUUCACCGCCUGGCCUGAUCAUGGUGUUCCAGAACACCCUACACCUUUUCUAGCUUUCUUACGUAGAGUCAAAACCUGUAACCCUCCCGAUGCUGGUCCGAUGGUUGUGCACUGCAGGUAA